AUGACUUCGGUACUGGAUCUACUGGCCAUGGCUGAACAGGAGCAUACACCGGUGCUGGUAGCCCGUUCGUCGGUGGCUCAGACUCAUGCAAUUGAGAUGCUGAAAUUUCCGCUCCUCAAGAUCCAUUACAGAUAUUUCCCUCUCGUCAUCUCCAUCGCCAGUCUCUCGCUGCUUGCAACCGUCGGCUCGUUUAGUUUCCUCACAUAUCGACUUAUCUUCUGGCGCAAAUAUUCUUCAACCUACUUUGGUUAUAACCAAUAUAUAAUCCUAAUUUACAACCUGAUUCUCGCGGACAUGCAAACGGCCGGCGGUGCCAUCAUUACCGCCCACUGGGCACGAAUUGGUGCUAUUCAGGGUGGUUCGAAUACCUGCAUCGUACAGGGCUGGCUAUUCCAAGAAGGGAUUCCAGCAAGUGGCUUAUUCGUCCUGUCAAUCGCCAUACACACCUUUGUCACCGUCAUUCUUGGUCGAAAGCUGGAGUACCGGACUUUCGUGUGCUGUGUGAUUGGGGUAUGGAUGUUUACUCUCUUCCUUACCGUGUUACCUAUUCUCUUGGAGGGAAAACACGCGUAUGUGAAUUCGGGCGCUUGGUGCUGGAUAACUUCGACCCGCGAGGACCUGAGACUAGGGACUCAUUAUAUUUGGGUCUUCCUUUCUCAAUUCGGCAGCGUUACCAUCUAUGUCAUCCUUUUCUUCUACCUACGGCGCAAGGUAGCCCUCUCUGCGACCCUUAGCAAGCAGUCACAGGAAAAGUUUUCCCGUCUAAAGCGUGUUGUCAAGCUUAUGCUUCUCUACCCCAUUGCCUACAUCACCCUCUCACUACCCAUCGCGGCCUCGCGGAUGGCUACGGCCGCUGGCACAAAACCUCCGUUUACCUACUAUAUCAUCGCAGCAAUGAUAAUGUCGACCUCUGGAUUUGUCCAUACGAUUAUCUAUGCUGUCACUCGACGAUCAUUGAUCUUGAACUCGGAGUCUACUCGUCGCAAGGGCGGAACUGGAUACGGCCCUUCAUCAUCGCACCAGGGGGGAACAAAUUCACAAAAGGAUGUUGAGAACACCACCUGCACUACACUUGUCAGCAGCAGCACACCCAUAUCUUCUCCAACUAGCCCUAUCGAUGCAUAUAAGAAGAUGUAUCAUCGGAUAAACGGUUCAGCGACACCGUCGCCAAAGGCAGAAGCAUUCGAGAUGGACGGAGUGUAUCAACAGACUACAAUCUCCGUCGUAAGCAGACCUGCAUUAGCACCGCCAACCAGAGACGGUGCAUCAUCUAUCACGAUCGAGUCCAACACAAGGCCUGCCACCUCCCGGCAAUGGCCAAGACCCUGA